AUGGCUCCCUCAGUCACCCUCGCGCGCUUCGGCUUCGCCCUCCUGCUCGUCGCCGUAUUUUCUCCCUCCUGCUGUGAAGGUUGGUGCAUCAUCCUCACCAUCCUCUUUCUCCGUGGUUCUCUCUGUAAAGCUUCUUCUAGGGAAAACUAUCAAUCCUUCACUCUCAACCUGCAGCACAGAACCCAUCCUCAAUCGUAGACAACGCCAUUCUCUGCUUCAACAACACAUCCGUAAGCCGAUUACUCCUCUCUCUCUCUCUCUCUCUCUCUCUCUCUCUCUCUCUCUCUCUCUCUCUCUCUCUCUCUCUCUCUCUCCCUCUCUCUCUCCCUCUCUCUCUCUCCCUCUCUCUCUCUCUUUCUGUGGUACCUUUUAUCACGAUCUGACGGUCCGAAGGGUUUAAACAGAUCUACAGGAACUGCCAGGAGCAGUAUAGGUUGACGGCGAACGGGACGCUGAAUGUGUCUGGAAACGCCGUCGACGCCUUCUGCAGCGGGCCCUGUUUGGCCGAAACUCAGCUCGUUCUUAGCUGCGUCGACGGGAUACUGUCGAACUUCAAGUUCUACAAUGGAGCGACGAUAAGGGCUGUCAACGCUACGAUCCUCAUUGCUUGUGGAAGCGGCAUUGGAAGAGGUAAUUAG